CAAACGCUAGCGGUCGCGGUUCAGAUCGAGCCAAUUUAGCUCGCACGGGAAGCCAGAACGGGUUGAAUCGGCUGUGACUGGAUUCGUGUUUGAAUCUGGCCAGAAAAAAACAUUUGUGCAAACGAAGCCGAUGAAAGCUGUAACCAAAAUCAGCUACGAUGCCGCGCAAGCUGCUUAAAUUCCUCAUCAUCUUCGACAACACCUCCUUACUGUACUUUCCGGGCCAGUUUCUCUCUGGAAGAGUUCUAAUCGAGUUACAGGAUGAGACUCCGGCCUUGGGCCUCCACUUCCAUGUGGUGGGCGAGGGAGUGGUUCGUAACGGGCGACGGCAAGAGCGGACGUACGACAAGGAGAACUAUAUAGACUUCCGAAUGCGGCUCCUGGGUGACGUGGACCAGGGUGGUCCAGCCAUACUCUCGCCGGGAAUACACAGUUUUCCUUUUAAACUUGGUCUGCCGCUGGGUCUGCCAUCCACAUUCCUGGGUCGCUACGGCUGGAUCCAGUUCUACUGUAAGGCGGCGCUACGGGAAAACAACGGCAUUAUCCACAAGAACCAUCAGGUCUUCAUCGUGAUGAAUCCCAUCGACCUAAAUUUAGAGAAACCAAUUUUAGCCCAACCGUUCACCUGCGAAGUGGAGCACAAACUGGGAGUUGUCUGCGUGGGCGGAGGUCAGAUCAAGUGCAGAGUGUCCCUAGACCGCGGUGGGUAUGUACCUGGCGAGAAUAUUCUGGUCACCGCCUUCAUUUCCAACUACAGCAAUGUGUCCAUCAAGCGGACCAAAGCGUCCCUUACCGAGACAAUUGAGUAUUUGGCACGUGGAAAGGUAGUUCAGACGGAGAAGCGGGAGCUGGCUGUCCUAGUGCGCGGAAAGAUUCGUCCGGGGGGAAAGGACGAGUGGCACAACGAGCUUUACGUACCGCCCUUACCGCCGACCAACCUUCACGGCUGCCAUCUUAUCAAGAUAUCAUACGACGUCUUCUUCGUCAUCGAACCCAAGUCCAUGGAGAAGGAAAUCAAGCUGCAACUUCCCAUCGUGCUGGCCACGUACCCAUUCCGUCACUCUGGGGAUACUGCAAAUGCCAACACAUGGCCGGAGUCGGUGCUCAAACCGGACACACACACUCACUAUCCGUCAACCCUGCCCAUAUUCAGACCGUGGCUACACGAAAAGCCCAACGAAGCAUAGCCUCUGGCCUGCUGGCCCAUUGUACAACAUAGUUUUGUUAACAACGAUUUGCGCCAUACCCUAAUUUAAUCUUAUUUAACUCGUACGUACUGUUUCUAAUAUGUUUUCCACUUGCAACAGUGGGUUACCUUUAUUUGGACAUUUCAUGAUUAAACAAUGUUAAUAAUCGA